UUCAGAUGUACAGCAGAGAGCAGAAACAGUAAUUUUUUCGAAAAAGUGAGUAGAAAUGAAGAUAAAUCCACCAAUGUUGUUGCAAAUAAGCAGAUCCUAUAUUAAACUAGUCAAAGCUGACAAUCUUCAAAGGUGUUUUGGUAGACAUUUUUCUAACACUGAAACUCCAACUACCAACUCCAUUGUUGAUGCUUCAUUAGCUGUUCCCAUUUCAGCUUCAUCCAUGGAAUCCGAUAACUCAAAGAAGAAGGCAACUGAUUCAACAUGGGUUUCGAAGAUUGUAUUGUAUUCUUUCUGGCAAAGUUCAUGUUCUUGGAGAGUUCGCUUCGCCUUAAAUCUCAAAGGUCUUUCUUAUGAAUAUAGAGCAGUCAACCUUGGCAAAGGAGAACAGUUCACUUCAGAGUUUGAUAAAUUAAAUCCUCUUCAUUAUGUUCCUGUUUUGGUUGAUGGUGAUGUGGUAAUUUCGGACUCCUAUGCAAUUUUACUGUAUUUGGAAGAGAAGUAUCAUCAGAGACCCCUGUUGCCAGUUGAACCUCAAUUAAGAGCUCUCAAUCUUCAGGCAGCAAGUAUUGUCAGCUCCAAUAUGCAGCCACUUCAUAUGUUAUCAGUGCUGAGGUACAUGGAGGAAAGGGUUGGUCCCGAAGAGAAACAAUUAUGGGCAAAAUUUCACAUACAAAAAGGUUUUGGAGCUCUUGAAAAAUUGCUGACGGGUUCUGCUGGAAAGUAUGCUACAGGAGAUGAAGUAUAUAUGGCUGACGUGUUUUUGGCACCUCAAAUUGCAGUAGCUACUAAAAGGUUUAACAUUGACAUGUCUGAGUUUCCAACCUUAAGGACGAUAUAUGAUUCUUGUGAAGCAUUACCAGAGUUCCAAGCUUCUUUGCCAGAACGACAGCCUGAUGCUCCCCCUUGAGCUUAUAUGCUAAAUGCAGAAUUG